GUCCCCUCAGCGGCCCUCGAUGGGCGCCGGGCGGCGGCGGCGAUGGACGUGCGGCGGCUGAGGGUGAACGAACUGAAGGAGGAGUUGGGGCGGCGCGGGUUGGAUACCCGAGGGCUGAAGGCCGAAUUGGCCGAGCGGCUGCAGGCGGCGCUGGAGGCGGAGGAGGCCCGGCGGGGGCCCGGCGGGGACGCGGCCUCGGACGGACACUAUGGCCUCGACAACAACAGCCACCCGGGUGAGCCGCAGGGCUACCAACCCUACGAGCACAGCAAGCAGGACAACGAAUCCAGCUACGAGAGGCGGCCGUUGGACCCCGAGCACCCCUCAGUGCACCCAGAGAUGGCCGGAACCCAAACCCGAAGACCCCGCGCCCACCUACACCGUGCCGCCCCCCAACUACAACACCCCCCCCCCACCUACAGCCUGCCCCCUCCUCCCACCUACGGCGCUCCCCCCACCGCGUACGGCCCACCGCCCUCAGCCUACAGCGCGCCGCCGGCGUACAGCGCCCCCACCCCCGGCUACAGCGCCCCCACCCCCGGCUACAGCGCGCCGCCCCCCACCUACAGCACCCCGGCCUACAACCCCCCUCCUCCCACCACCUACAACGCCCCCACCUACAGCGCUCCCCCCCCUCCCGCUUACAACGCCCCCGUCCCACCCUACAACGCUCCGCCCGGCGCUUACAGCGCCCCCGACCCCUCGCAGCCCCGACCUCAACAGCCGCAGCAGCCCCGCAAGCGGCCCUACGAGGAGCAGCGGGGCCGGGGGUACUACGAGCACCGUGAGGAGAAGAGGGGUCGGUCGCCGCAGCCGCCCGCUGAGGAUGAGGAGGAGGAUUUUGACGAGACUUUGGUGGCCGUCGACACCUACAACUGCGACCUCCACUUCAAGGUGGCCCGGGACCGCUACAGCGGGUACCCCCUCACCAUCGAGGGCUUUGCCUACCUGUGGUCGGGCGCCCGCGCCACCUACGGCGCCCGGCAGGGCCGCGUGUGCUACGAGAUGAAGGUCAACGAGGAGAUCUCCGUCAAACACCUCCCCGCCUCCGAGCCCGACCCACACGUGGUGCGGGUGGGCUGGUCGCUGGACUCCUGCAGCACCCAGCUGGGGGAGGAACCCUUUUCGUACGGCUACGGCGGCACCGGCAAGAAGUCGACCAACUGCAAGUUUGAGAACUACGGGGAGACCUUCGCUGAGAACGACGUCAUCGCCUGCCUCGUCGACUUUGAGUGCGGGGAGGAGGUGGAGAUGUCCUUCAUGAAGAACGGGAAGUGGCUGGGGGUGGCGUACCGGGUCCGCAAGGACGUGCUGGCCGGCCGGGCGCUGUUCCCUCACGUCCUGGUGAAGAACUGCGCCAUCGAGUUCAACUUCGGCCAAAGGGAGGACACCUACUUCUCCGUGCCGCCCGGCUUCACCUUCAUCCAACACCUCCCCGUGGCCGAGCGCGUCCGCGGCACCACGGGGCCCAAGAGCAAGGCCGAGUGCGAGAUCCUGAUGAUGGUCGGGCUGCCCGCCGCCGGUAAGACGACGUGGGCCGUCAAACACGCGGCUGCCAACCCCUCCAAGAAGUACAACAUCCUGGGGACGAACGCCAUCAUGGAUAAGAUGAGGGUGAUGGGGCUUCGGCGCCAACGCAACUACGCGGGCCGUUGGGACGUGCUGAUCCAGCAGGCGACGCAGUGCCUCAACCGCCUGAUCCAGAUCGCCGCCCGCAAGAAGCGCAACUACAUCCUGGACCAGACCAACGUUUACGGCUCAGCCCAGCGGCGGAAAAUGCGUCCCUUCGAGGGCUUCCAGCGGAAGGCGGUCGUCAUCUGCCCCACCGACGACGACCUGCGGGAGCGCACGGUCAGGAGGACCGACGAGGAGGGGAAGGACGUCCCGGACCACGCGGUGCUGGAGAUGAAAGCCAACUUCACGCUGCCGGAGCCGGGCGACUUCCUGGACUCGGUGCUGUUUGUGGAGCUGCAGCGGGACGAGGCGGCCGAGUUGGUGCGGCAGUACAACGAGGAGGGGCGCAAAGCGGGACCCCCCCCCGAGAAACGCUUCGACGGACGCCCCUCCCCCUUCCGGGGCCGCGGCGGCGGCGGCGGCGGCGGCGGCUUCCAACGCUUCGAUGGCCGCGGUGCCGCCGCCGCUCCUCCCCCUCCCCAAAGUGGGGGCAGCCGGGGGGGCUUCCAGGGCCGCGGGGGCGGCGCCGGGGGGGGCUUCCGUGGUGGAGGAGGGGGCGGCGGCGGAGGCGGAGCCUUCAACCGCAGCAGUUACGCCCCCAACCGUUGGGGCGCCGCCGCCGCCACCACCAACAGCCGCGACAGCCGCGGUGCCUACAGCCGCCCCGCCCCCCCCCCGAGCGGAUACAGCCCCGCGCGGCCCCCCGGCCCCUACAAAGCGGGCGGGACGACCCCCCCGGCCAGCAGCAACGCCCCCAGCAGCUACAACCAAGGACAGCAGCCCAACUACAGUCAGCCCUACGGGCAGGGGGGGUACAACCAGGGCUACCCCCCCACCUACGGCUACAGCGGCUACGGCAGCUACAGCCAAAGCUACCCCCAGCCCCCCCCGCCCGCGGGGCAGAGCUACAACCAGAGCUACAACCAAUACCCGCAGUACACACAGCAGUGGGGCCCAUACUACCAGCAGCCCCCCCCGUGGCCCCCCUACUAUGGCAGCUACGACUACAGCAGUUACACGGGCAGCUCUCAGGGGGGCUCCAGCAGCGCGCAGUGACCCCCCCCGUUUUGGGGCCAAUUCCGCCCUUUUUGGGGUCCCCGGCGGCGUUGUGCCCCCCCCCCUCGUGCCCACCCGGCGCUGCUGUGGCUCCCUUUUAUUUCCCGUCUGUUUUAAAAGGAAAAGGAGGAAAAAAGAGGAAGAAAAAAAAGAGAGUAUUUUUAAGCUCGGAGGGACUGAAAUGGGUUAAAAAAAAAAAAAAAAAAAAAAGGAAAAAAAAAAAAAAAAAGGAGAAAAGCAACAAAAAUUCCCCCCUUUUUGGAGCGUUUUCCCUCAUUUGGGACUUUUUGUCCUCAUUUCACCCCCCACCAUCCCGGGGGGCCGUGGGGGGGGGCGGCCCUCAGCCCCCAUCCGUGUCUGUGUGUCCCCAUCGGCCGUCUGUCCUCACCACCCCCCCCCCCCCCCAUCCCCCCGACAGCGAUUUUUGCUUUGUUUGCCCCAUUUCCCCUUUUUUUUGUAGCUCUUUCUGUACUUUUUACCGUGCGCCCCCCCCGCCUUUGGGGGGGGAAG